GGUAACCAAUUAAGACUUGUCGGGUUAUUCAUCACCUCACAAAAUCCUCUGCACUGCUUCUCCAUCCCUACACCCCCCUCUGUGAAGUGUCAGGUUUCUUGUGGUUAAAUGAAUAGCCAAGGAGGCAUCUCAAAGGCUGGAGGUGGAGGAUCAUCAGCAACAGCAACAAGUUCUUGGGUAUCACCAACAUCAGUUUCAACAUCAGGGAAAAGAAUACAACGAGAAAUGACUGAACUUAACAUGGACCCACCUCCUGAUUGCUCUGCUGGACCCAAAGGUGAUAAUCUUUACCAUUGGAUCUCCACCGUCAUCGGGCCUCCAGGAACGCCGUACCAAGGUGGAAUAUUUUUCCUUGACCUAAUGUUUCCAAGUGAUUAUCCAUUCAAACCUCCAACGUUUAUUUUACAGGUAGUGUUCAAAACUCGUAUCUACCAUUGCAAUGUUGAUUCUGCUGGCAACCUUAGUUUGGACAUCCUGAAGGAUAGUUGGAGUCCAGCUCUUACAAUUACUAAAGUGCUACUUGCAAUCAGAUCAAUUUUCACUCACCCUGAUCCUUACAAUCCUCUUGUCCCUAGCAUUGCCCAUUUGUACUUGGCAGAUAGAGCAAAACAUGAUGAACUAGCUGCAGAGUGGACACUGCGAUUUGCCAAGUGAAACUUAUUGAACGAAUGAGCAACCUUGCAAACAGAGUUUCUUUUCUACAAAACAUACUUCGGCAUCUUGUUCUGCAGUACAGCUUACUGGACAGUGGAGGUCAGAGCACCUCAUUAUUGGUUGAACUUAGAGUUGAAAGGUUUGUAAAUCUCUUGUAAAUGUGCCAUACAUUUUGCAAACUGCCCAAAGUUAUUUAGAUUCAAGGAAUAUCAUUGUUAAA